AUAAAAUGACAAGUCAUGUAAAUAAGAAGCUGACGACUUAGCGUUCUUUCGUUUUCAAAUCGUUGAAAUCAUUACUCCUGGAGUAACAUUAAGACAUUUUGGGGCGACUAACAUUGAGUACCUUGUUGUUUAAACAGAACUUUGGUAUCGUCAGAAAUGUACUCGUUGCAGUUUAUUAUACUGAAUAUAAUUUUUGAGCUGAUGUCAAUAGUACCAAGAGUGGUAUGCACUAGUACAGUGACCUUACCAACUGCAAGCUUUACUCACUUGAAAUCAUCUCUUUCAUCCAUAAUUUCAUCGCCUCCAUCAAAUACUUUUGAUCAUCAACAAUCAACAUCAUUAAAUUAUACUACAAAUCUCUCAUCUUCAAAACUUGCGAUUCCUUUUCCAACAUUAGUAGUUAGUAGCAUUGUGGUGUCAGACUAUGUAACUGUAUCACCUAAUCAAGUAUAUGGUGUUAACCAGUCAUUAAUUUUAGCAAUGGCAUCUUCUCAAACACAUACAACUAUUCAGUCAAAUUUUUCAAAACAUUCAAUAAAUUCAUCUUCUAACUACACAGUAAAUACAACAAAAAAAGUGAUGGUGCCUGCUAACAAAUCCUUUUCUUCACACUCAUCACAAAGAAUGACUUCAUCAGUUUCAAAUCUUUUCUCCUCAUCUUUUAAAGUAACACCUACUUCAACUUUAGUCAACAUUUCUAAAUUCACUUCCAUGAGCCAGAACAAAUCAAUGAUGCUGAUGAGCACACCAACGAUUUUGAUGAACACAUCAACCACUAACAACAGUCAAAUGUCCAUUAUGGCUACAAAUCAAUCUUCAGCCAAAUCAAUGAUGUUGACGAGCACACCAAUGAUGUUGACGAGCACACCAACAAUUUUGAUGAACACAUCAACCACUAACAACAGUCAAAUGUCCAUUACGGCAACAAAUCAAUCUUCAGCCAAAUCAAUGAUGUUGACGAGCACACCAACGAUUUUGAUGAACACAUCAACCAUUAACAACAGUCAAAUGUCCAUUGCGGCUACAAAUCAAUCUUCAGCAAAAUCAACUGUUGUGACAAGCACACCAACGAUUUUGACAAGCACACCAACGAUUUUGACAAGCACACCAACGAUUUUGACAAGCAAAUCAAGACCCACUGAUUAUAGCCAAAUGUCCUUUUCUAUGACAAUAAAUCAAUCUUCAGUCAAAUCAAUGAUGCUGAUGAGCACACCAACGAUUUUGAUGAACACAUCAACCACUAACAACAGACAAAUGUCCAUUACGGCUACAAAUCAAUAUUCAGCCAAAUCAAUUGUUGUGACAAGCACACCAACAAUUUUGACAAGCACAUCAAGACCAAGUAACUACAGCCAAAUGUCCAUUUCGGUUACAAAUAAUCCUCCAACCAAAGGUGGUGAAAACAAACUAUUGAUAAUUGGCUUGGCUGUUGGACUCCCCCUUGGUAUAGUUUUGAUUAUAGUUGUGAUUGUUUUCUACCGAAAGAAACGCGCAUCGAAUCAAUAUAACAUAUUUUAUGACGAACAAAAUAUCGUCAUGCAUCCUUUUGAUUAUUCUAAAUAACUGCAAGGAGUUCUUUCAUUUCUUCGAAGGAAUGCUCUUACUGCUAAAAUGCCUUCAUUCAAUUCAUUUGUUUAUAAAAGUGUUUUUCAUCGUAUUGUAUGCCUGUUAUUAAAGUAAUCGAGUCUUUCGAGUGCGUUUGAUCGUAAAAGUAAGCAACAAACAAACGGCUGUAUUUAAGAGUUUAGGCGGCGUGGUAGAUUAUUUUGAUGAACUUAUACAUUAAAUAAUAUAUAUUAAAUAAUUCAGUGUCUGGUAUCAAUGAGGUGGGAAAUUUAAGUUAACAAUCGAAGAUUUUGAAGGUUGAUAUGCCUUCAAAAUGACUUGGAAGGAUAUUGCAAACGAGUUCUAGAAUUUAAUUUAUAUUUUAGUUAUAACUUAUUUCACAUGGCACUUUAAGUCGUUUGUUGUGUUAAAAUAUUUAAAAAGUA